AUGUCAGCACACGAUGAAGGCUUCAAGAUCGCACUGGAGGAAGCGAAGCAGGGCGCAAGUGAAGGCGGCAUACCGAUCGGUGCAUGUCUCGUAGAUAAAGCGGGCAAUGUGCUCGGAAGAGGGCACAACAUGCGCAUACAGAAGAGCAGCGCUACAUUACACGGCGAGAUAUCCGCCUUGGAGAACGCAGGCCGGCUCCCAGCCUCCGCAUACAAAGGUGCAACCAUGUAUACCACUCUGUCCCCUUGCGACAUGUGCACCGGCGCCUGCAUCCUGUACAAGGUCGCUCGCGUCGUCAUGGGCGAGAACAACACCUUCGUGGGUGGCGAAGAGCACCUCAAGCGGAACGGCAUUGAGGUUGUCAACUUGCAGAAUGCCGAGUGCGCGGCGCUGAUGAAGAAGUUUAUCGACGAGCAUCCUGAUAAGUGGUAUGAAGAUAUUGGGGAGCCGUCAUAG